CCUCCGCAUAGCCCCAUGCCCUUUUCCGUUUCCUCUGGAACGAAACCGAAACCCCAAAUUGCCCUUCCGCAGCAACCGCAGCCGCCGCCGCCGCCGCUGCCGCCGUCCGCCAUGGGCACGGAGGUGGUGCCCGUGGUGGACCUUGGCGCGCUGUCCCAGUCGGAGCUCGUGGCGCUCGCGGCCGCAUCGCCCUACGCCGUCGACCCCCGCCGCGGGCGCCGCGACGCCGACCUCCUCCCGCCCCCUAAGAUCGAUCGCGCCGUCUUCAACGAGAGUGCCGGCUCCCGCAAGCAGACCUUCUCCCGCCGCCGCGCCGCCACCAAUCUCCCCCACAAUCUCACCCCUAGCACCGCCUCCUCCUCCGCCGUCGCCGCCCCCACGGAGGAGGAUUCCGAGAACCGCCUCAUUGUGUUCCACCUCCAGCAGCUCUUUGCGCGCGACGACCCCUCCUAUCUGCCACCACCACCGCCGAUUCCACUCCAACAGCUACCCCCGAUACCCAUACCCGCACCCACGAUACCGGUGCCCACACCCCCCGUGGCCUCCGUGCCGAUCCAGCAGCUCCCGGACCCAGACCGGGAUUUGACGAACCCCAAGGGGGUGGCUGUUGAUUUGGCCAGACUCGCGGAGUUGGUGGAUCCGUAUGGGGAGGAGAUACGAAAUCGGACUGCAGGACUGGCUCUGGAAUCCGAGCUGCUGGGUUUCAUGAAUGAGUUGGAGGGGCAGUGGGGGAGUCGGAGGCGGCGGAGGAAGUUUGUGGAAGCAGCCAUAUUCGGCGACCACCUGCCCCGUGGGUGGAAGCUAAUCCUUGGGAUUAAACGGAAGGAGCGUGCUGCCUGGAUCAAUUGCCGCCGAUAUGUUAGCCCCAGGGGACAUCAAUUUGCUACUUGUAGAGAAGUUUCUUCCUAUUUCAUGUCACUUCUUGGAUAUGUGGAGGCAAAGCCAACCACUGUUCAGAACAAUGAUAUGGGAGUUCGUGACUUGAGUGCUGUGAAUGUGGGAGUUCGUGACUUGAGUGCUGUGAAUGUGGGAGUUCAGAACAACGAUGUGGGAGUUCGUGACUUGAGUGCUGUGAAUACUGCAGGUCUUCACCAGCAAAAUGAUUCAACUAGGGACAUGCAAAGUGCAGUGUCAGCCACUUCUGUUACAUUAUCCAUUCACAAUGGUGAUUCUCAGGGACAGAGACAAAAACCUUAUAAAGAUGAAGCUCCGAUAGAAGCAGUCAGGAAAGAGUGCAAAAAAUGCAAUUUGACUUUUGAGGACCAGAGUGCCUAUGUGCAGCAUCAAUUGUCUUUUCAUCAAAGGAAAGCUAAAAGGCGCAAGGUUGAUAAAUCGAUUGGUCUGGGAGUCAGUAAAGAUGGAAAACUUGAGACUCAAGAAAGUCAGAGGACCUCUGAAGAUAAACCUGGCUAUUUUGGUCAUGGUGUAGCUGAUGUUAAAAGUCAAGGUCAGAGUCCAGCAGAACUGUUUGGCGGAGCUUCUUCAGGAGAUGUAGGUGCUCAGCUAUCCUUGGCUGCAGCACCAUGUGGGUUGCAAGAGAUAACUGCCUUACCUGAACAGGUAGAAGAGCCAUCUGCUGGAGAGCCUGUCUCUGGGCAUCAGGACCUUCCUCAGGAGACUACUGGUUUACCUCAACAGGAAAAAGAACUUUCUGCUACAGAGCCUUUCGCUGGGCAUCAAAAGGAACAUGUUGAUAAUUCUGGUGACCAUGAAAUCCAUGAUGGAGCAUGUCAUAUAGCUGAAGAGCCUCUUGCCUUUGAUGUUGGAAGCAACCUUAGUACUUGCAAGUCUCCUGAACCAGAAGUUCAUGAGCAUGACAGCUCAAAAGAUUUGGAAUUUUCCAUCGCAGAUUGCUCAGGAAGUUUUGACAGGUCUCAUGAAAUCUCUAAGAUACCUCAGGAUGUUCCAUGUACUGCAGAUGCUCCAGGUGAAAAAAGUUGCUCUGAUGAUCCAAUGGACUGUGCUGAUAUAACACUGCCAAAACAAGUUCCUGAGCACUGUGAUAUGCUGGAUCACAAAUUUAGAGGUUUUCCUGGAGGAACUGGUUUUAAUGACCAGGUGGGAAAUAAUCCACUGUCUGCCAACUUGGAUGAGCCUGAUCUUAGUUCCAACAGCAUGGAGGUAGAUAACAGCAAGAUAGCUUGCAAGUUUGGCGAUAUGCUGAAUUCUACCAGCUCUGAAUAUGAUAAACCUGUUGUGGAUCAAAUUGAUCGUGGAGUGACUGCCUUGAAAAAUGAUGCGAUCAACAUUGAUGAUGGGAUGAACAUUGAUGUCAGAAUAAAGGAGGUUAACCUCAAUUCAUGCUUAGAUACAAUAUCUUCUCCUGUUUCUGGUGCAAACUGUGAAACGUCUAAUGCCCUUCAUGAUGGCAAUCGAUCGUCCAUUCUCGCCCAAUGUUUUGGUGGUAGCUCUAAUGAUGACAAUGUUUGUCAGGACGAAAGUUUUGUCAAUCAGAACAAUGUUUCUAAGGCUGAAAUUUUUGUCAAUCAGAGCAAUGACAUGGUGUAUCAAUCCAAUUUGAACAUGAAUCCUAUCUCUCCUCCUCAAAUUAGUGUGGAUUAUUUCACUAACUGCUCAAUGAAUUCUGAAAUUAAGAACAACGACAACCGACGUGAUGAUAAUGCCAAGGAACAGUUUGUGAACUCACGGAACAUAUCAAGUAAUGAACCAGGUUUUGAUGCUGAAGCUUACAACAAUGACAUCUUCACUGGUGCUAUGGCAGAAACUAGCUUUGCUCAGCUGAAUAAUGCUAUGAAUAUGAAGACUGAUUACUCAAGCUGCUACUCAAUAUCUGAUCUAAAUACGCUGACUGGUGGUACUGCAACUGAUGGAAUUGAUUUCCAUGGUAUGAGGAGUUCUUUUGUAAGUGGCUCCACCAGUCGCAGUGAACCAAAUGAACUUGAUUUUGAUAUCAAGGGUUCCAUGCUCGAGGCUCUGGAAAGAUCGGACAGCGACCUGGAAACACAGUACAAUGGUGGCGAUCCUGCCAUUGACUCACUCCCUGCGGCAGGCACAAGUGGGACAAGUGUUGAUGAUUUUAUGUCCAUGCACACCAAUUUUGGUAGCUUGACCUCUUUGGUUCGUUCCGUUGAAGGUGGUCCAAUGAGCAGACUUAUUCAAGAUCAGUGUGAUUUGCAACUUGGAUUUGGUGCACAGAAGCAGCAAAUAUAUCCUAGUUUUGAGGAGCACCUUCGGAUGGCCUCAGCUGGAGCUCCGCAGUUUGGGAACAUGGGCAGACACAAUCCCAUGCCUGUGCCUGUGCCCGUGCCCGAGCCAACACUGAUGCUAGGGUAUGAGCCAACGUUGAUGCUGGGUUAUGCACCGCAGUUCGGGAGCUGCCCUCCGGUCCAGUUAGGUUGGGACCUGUCCAAGAUGGUUGGCGUGCUCCAGUCUGUAUGUGUGUGGUGCAACACAAGGUUCCAGCAUUUUGGCACGGCCGAGCAGCAGAACGACUCUGUUGGCUUCAUUUGCCCCGCAUGCAAGGACAAGACAUCUGGUCAUCUUGGUACACUCAACAAUGGUUCAUUGCUUUAGCAUUCGAUCUCUGCUGCUGUUUUCAUCAUAUGUAGACCGAUCUUUUUUUUCUUCUCAUGUGGAUCAUAGUGUAGACUGGAAUCUGAGCUAGCAAAUUCUAGUGUAUGUGCGGUGGUUACGUAUGUUUUAAAUGACACUGUUUUCGGUCGUUUACUGAUUUGGCUAUCUAGCAAACGUAAUUUGUGACA